GUGUUCUUUUAUUUGGAUUGCAAUUAAAUUGUGUUAAAAAAAAUCAUGAAAAAAAAAAACAAUAUAAUAGUUUAAAGUUAGUUAGUGAAGCAAGUUCAUCUACACUUACUAAACGGGCUCAAAAGUUUGCAACACAAAUUUAUAAUAAUUUUCAAACCUGUAAUAAUGAACAUUAUAAUCAAUUAGAUAUUCCUAAUUUAGAAUCACUUCAAUAUUCUGUUGAUACAAAUUUUUAUACGAUUGAAUUUAAUAAUCAAAAUAAGGAAAAUCAAAAACAACAUGCAAUGUCUUUUGUACAAGUAAUGGAUCAAAAUUUAAUAUUUCGAGAGGCUUAUAGAAAUUUAACAGCCUUGGAAUAUAACUUACAACAAGAAUAUAUUGUAUCGAAUACAAAAAUUCAAAUUGAUGAUGAAAUGCAAAAAUUAAUUCCAAUCAAGUUGAUUAAUAUAAAGACAGGAUUUGAAGUCAAUUUACCAGAAAAUGAACAACCAGAUAUAGAUGAUUCAGAUAUAAUAGAACAAGUAACGAAUGCAAUUCGAAAAGCAGGAUAUCGUAGUAUUAAAGAUAUUUUAAAUUAUAUAAUGCCCUUUUUAAUUAAUCAAAAUAUCUUAAAUUCAACAAAUCCAAGUAUUAAUCUUCGAAUAUCAGGUAAUGGAAGAAAUGUUAGAAGAAAGAUCAAACAUGUGAUAGUAACAUGUGCAAUUCUUGAUGAUAAAACAAAUCUUUAUUUUCCAAACCAUUAUUAUGUUGUAGUAUUAUAUCCCGAAAGUGAAAAUUAUGAUUCUUUAAAAAAUGCGAUGUCAUUAUUUUUAAAUGAAUUGCAUGAAUUAAAAGAAUUAGGAAUAAAAAUUAAUAAUAUUACUUGGAAUGUUAAUUUUUAUUUCUCUGCGGAUUGGAAAUUUUUAUGUAUUUGUUUGGGUUUUAAUGGAGCCAACUGUUAUUACUAUUGUCCUUGGUGUAAUACGAAUAAAGAUAAUAGAGAAGAUUUAGAUGCACAAUGGACAAUUAGCAAAUCAAUGGACCAAUUAAAUACCGAUUUUACUAUCUAUAAUAGUCACAAAAAUCUUCCACUUUUUAAUAUGAUUCCAUUAGAAAAUUGGGUAAUUGACAAACUCCAUACUAUGCUAAGAAUAACUAACUGUCUUUGGUGUUUAAUAUUAAAUGAAUUGCAAAAUGAUGAUCUUUUUGAUGAAUUUACUCAUAAGGUAAUAAUAGAGGAAAUAAAAUGUAUUUCAGUUCAAUUUCAAUUUUGGAAAGAACGAGGAUCAAAAAGCUGGAACUAUACCUCAUUGAUGGGAGAAGAUAAGAUAAAAGUUUUAAAAAACUUUAAUCUUAAUUUACUUUUUAUACCUUCACGAGCAGCUAAAAUUAGAAAUUUAUGGGACAAAUUUUCACAACUUUAUGAUAGUUUACGAGAUAAUUCUACUGAUUCAAAUGUAUUCGAAAAGGCUGCAAAAAAAUGGUUAAUUUUGUUUUUAACACCUUCUAGUGGAAAUUGGGAAUCAAAUGAAGAAGUAAUUUCAGGGUUAUAUUUACCAAGCGACAUUACACCUUACAUACACGUUUUAAUUUAUCAUGUAGCUGAAAUGAUGCAAAUACACAGACAUUGGGGAUUAAAAGCCUUUUCUUGUAGCGCUGUUGAAAAGAAGAAUCACCAACAAGUCUCCUACUUUUUUUGUAAAACCUUGAAAGAUGGAGAGAAAAAUAAAGAUGAAAAAGCAGCAAUUAAAGAUCUUCUUAACUACAAAAACAGGAAUCUAUAUUUUUCUUAUAAUGAUAUUUCCUGUUUAUCAUCCAAACGUCAAAAAAUUUAUAUUCAAUAG